AUGAAAAAUAUUUUGUAUCACCCUUUUUUUGUGCUCUGUGUUUCAUCUGUUUUCUUAUGGAAUCUUCGUAGAUUUCAUUCUUCCUUCUCCCUCAUCUCACUAACACUGAAAAUUUCCGCAAAAGAUUAUGAUUCUGAUAGAUUCAGAUCUGUGUUUCACCAAGAACGAUUCAAAAGUCUAAAAAGUAGGUAUAUUAAUAACGAACGGGGUUGGAAAUUAGAACCAGAUCAGCUUCUCGAAGUGCAUGAAGUGCUCGCAAAGCACAAGCUCAAUUUUUUGAACGACCAACUCUGGCCAGUAGCACAAGAUUUGGUACUGGAAUUCUAUGCAAAUGCAUUCCGGACUCUUGAGGAAAUUGCAGCAACCAGUGUUGAGCCUAAUGCUGAUUUGGUUUCAUGGGUUCACGGAAAAACUAUCCUGUUCAAUUGGGAAAAGAUAAAUAGGAUUCUUAAGUGA